AUGGCGACAGUGGAGUUGUACACCAAGGGGGCGAGUGUCUGGGUUUCUGACCCAGAUGCAGUGUGGGUAUCAGCUCAGCUCCUCCAGGACUACAAGACUGGAGACCAGUCUGUCCUGCUGCAGCUUAGCGAUGGCAGGGAGCUGCAGUACCCAGUGGCGCCCCCCGCUGGCCUGCCCCCCCUGGGGAACCCAGAGCUCCUGGAGGGGGAGAACGAUCUGACAGCCCUCAGCUUCCUCCACGAGCCGGCCGUGCUGCACAACCUCAGCGUCCGCUUCCUCCACUACAGCUCCAUCUACACCUACUGUGGCAUAGUUCUGGUGGCUAUAAACCCGUAUGAGCAGCUUCCUAUCUAUGGGGAGGAGGUGAUCCAGGCCUACAGCGGCCAGGACAUGGCUGACAUGGAGCCUCACAUCUUCUCUGUGGCCGAGGAGGCCUACCGCACCAUGACCAGGGAGGAGAAGAACCAGUCCAUCAUCAUCAGCGGGGAGUCUGGCGCAGGGAAGACGGUGUCCGCUAAGUUCACCAUGCGCUACUUCGCCGUGGUGGGCGGGGCUUCUGAGCAGACCAGCGUGGAGGAGAAGGUCCUGGCCUCCAGCCCCAUCAUGGAGUCCAUAGGGAAUGCCAAGACCACCCGUAAUGACAACAGCAGUCGUUUUGGGAAGUACAUCGAGAUCGGCUUCGGCAGGAAGGGAGACAUCAUCGGAGCAAACAUGAGGACAUAUCUUCUGGAGAAGUCCAGAGUGGUCUUCCAGGCCAACGAGGAGAGGAACUACCAUGUGUUCUACCAGCUGUGUGCGUCUAGACACCUGCCUGAGAUGAGACAACUCCAACUUGAUGCCCCUGAGCAGUUCCGUUACACCAGUCAGGGAGGACAGACAGAGAUACCGGGCACUGAUGAUGUCAUGGACCUGGAGCGCACUCGCAAUGCCUUCACCAUACUGGGAGUUCUUCCAGACCAACAGACGGAGCUGUUCCGCGUCUUGGCAGCUGUUCUGCACCUGGGGAAUGUCCACAUUCAGGCCAGCGGGAGAGGAGGAGAGCGCAGCUACAUAGACGCAGAUGACUCCUCCCUGGCCGUGUUCUCCAAGCUCCUGGGCGUGGAGGCGGGGCAGAUGGCCCACUGGCUGUGCCACCGGCGGCUGCCAGUAGGGGGCGAGCUGUUGGUGAAACCCAUGACGGGCCAGCAGGCGUGCGAGGCCAGGGACGCCCUCGCCAAGCACAUGUACGGCCAGAUGUUCUCCUGGACCGUGCUCCGGCUCAACGCUGCCCUGCGCGCCCACCGGGAGAAGCCCCGGAGCUACAUAGGAGUGCUGGACAUCUACGGGUUUGAGACGUUUGACAAAAACAGCUUUGAGCAGUUCUGCAUUAACUAUGCCAACGAGAAACUACAGCAGCAGUUCAACAGGCAUGUGUUCCAGCUGGAGCAGGAGGAGUAUGUGCGUGAGGAGCUGUUGUGGAACAGGAUAGAGUUCAGUGAUAACCAGCCCUGCAUCGCUCUCAUAGAGGGACACCUGGGGCUACUGGAUCUGCUGGACGAGGAGUGCAGGAUGCCUAAGGGCUCAGAUGAGAGCUGGGCCAGGAAGCUGUACGACCAGCACCAGAACCACCAGCCCAGCCCUCACUUCAGCAAGCCCCGCAUGUCCAACUCUGCCUUCAUCAUCCUGCACUUUGCUGACUCGGUUCAGUAUGAAUGUGAUGGAUUCUUGGACAAGAACCGAGACACUGUCUUUGAAGAGCCAAUCAACAUCCUCCGAGCCAGUCAGGUAUUUAGUCACAUCUCUUCUGACCUGGUGGCAGACUUGUUCCAGCAGGCUCCAGCAGGGGCCGCUGUGGAGCUGUCUGGGGGGAAGCCCUCUCUGGCCAAUGGGAGCGUGCGCUCGGGGAAGAGAGGCCAUCGAGAACACAAGCUGACUGUUGGCUUCCAGUUCCGUCAGUCUCUUCAGCUGCUGAUGGACACUCUGAACAGCACCACCCCUCACUAUGUCCGCUGUAUCAAACCCAACGACGUCAAGGAACCUUUCGUGUUUGACCCCAGGAGAGCAGUGCAGCAGCUGAGAGCGUGCGGCGUGUUGGAGACCAUCCGCAUCAGCGCUGCUGGAUACCCCUCCAGGUGGACCUAUGAAGAGUUCUUCAGCAGGUACAGAGUUCUUCUGCGUGGGCUCCAGCCCCGGCCCCAGCCCCAGCCCCGGCCCCAGCCUCAGCUCCAGGAGGCGUGUAAGCAGGCCCUCCCCUGCCUCAUCCCUGACCCAGACCAGUACUGUUUCGGCAAGACCAAGGUGUUCUUCCGGGCGGGGCAGGUGGCCCUGCUGGAGCGCUUGAGGGCGGAGCGCCUCAGAGGGGCGGGCAUGGUCAUCCAGAGCCGGGUACGGGGCUGGUUGGCACGGAGACGCUACACUCGCAUCCGCCAGGCGGCGCUCACCGUCCAGAGAUACACCAGGGGAGCGCUGGGGAGGAGACAGGCCCUGACCCUGCGCUACACCCGGGCAGCCCUGGUCCUCCAGAAGACCUUCCGCAUGCUGGCAGUGCGCCAGCUGUACCAGAUGAUCCGCCAGGCAACCCUCACCAUCCAGGCCUUCACCCGCGGCACGCUGGCACGCCGGGAAUACCGACAGGUUCUGUGCGAGCGUGCGGCGGUGCGUUUGCAGGCGUGGGUGCGUGGCUGCCGUGCGCGGCGCGCGUACGGCCGUGUCCGGGCCGCCGUGGUUCUGAUGCAGUGCUGCGCCCGGCGGCGUGCGGCCCGGAGGGAGAUGCUGAGGAGGAAGGCCGAGGCCCGGUCUGUGGAGAGGAUCCGGCAACUCAACAAGGGCAUGGAGGUCAAACUGAUGAGCCUGCAGCUACGAGCUGACCAGGAGGCCAGGGACAGCUCUGCUCUGAGGGAGACCCUGCAUGCCGAGCGCGAGGCCCACCGCGCCGAGGCGGCCGGCCUGCGGGGGGCGCUGGCGAGGCUGGAGGCCCAGAGACAGGAGCAGCCGGCCCCCAGCCCCGCCCCGUCCCCGCAGCAGGAGGAGGAGAGGAGGAGGCUGCGGGAGAGGACCGCCCUGGAGCUCCUCACACUCACACAGGAGGUGCAGGCCCUGAAGACAGAGAGGGAGGAGCUGGUAAGACAGAAGGAGGAUCUUCAGAGGCAGGUGGUGGAGCAGCAGAUGUCCCAGGAAGAGUGUGUGCGCCAGGCUGUGUCCCAGGCCGGUGUGUGUCUGCGCGGGGAGGUGGAGGAGGAGCGGAGGAAGUAUCAGGGGCUGCUGCGAGAGUUCACCAGGCUGGAGCAGAGAUACGACAACCUGAGAGAUAUGAGUCUGCCCUCUGAGCGUUCAAAGGGCCACAGAAGGACAGAUUCUUGCCAGAGUCUUAGCAUGGAGCCUCUCUCUCCAGUUUCGGCCCCCUUCCCUGGCUCCCCAACCUUCUCCCCGGCCUCGGCCCCCUUCCCUGGCUGCCCAACCUUCUCCCCUGCCUCCCCGGAGGAGUCCAGGAGGGUCAGUGUGACGUCUCAGGAUUGGAGCUCUUGGAGCAAAGACACUCCUAUGGAUACUCUGAUGGAGAAUAUGGGCGUAGCCAAAGACACAGCAGUGAAGAUGAGAGCAGAUGAUCUGGGACACGCCUACGAUGCCGUACGAGUGGCCAACAAGUUACUGGAGACCCAGCUGCGUAGCCAAUCAGAGCAGCAGGGGGUGGAGCUGAAGCCGCCGGGGAGAGAAGCCUCAGCUGAUGGGCAGGAGCUGCUGGAGGCCAGAGAACAGGAGUGUGUGAGACUGAAGAGAGAGCUGCAGGAACUGAGACACACGGUCACUCUCAGGACACUGCUGACACACACAGCCCCCCCAGCAGCUGUGCAGCCUCCAGAUGGCUCCUGUGCCGCCCAGGCCAGAGGGGGCGCUGUCUCAGGUCUGCUGGAGUGCAGGAAGAGAGACGAGGCCAAGCUGAUGAAGAUCCUCAUCACAGAGCUGCGUGCGGACAGCGCCCUGUCCCUGCCCCCUGGUCUGGCUGCCGGAGUGGUGUUCCUGUGUGUGCGCCAGGCGGACCACGCUGGAGACGCCGCUCGCACGCACACCCUCUGCGGCGCUGCGAUCGCCGCCAUGAAGGCGGCUCUGAAGAAACACAGUAAGGAUGCCGAUAUGACGGCUCUCUGGUUGAAGAACGCCUGUCUGCUGUCCGACCUGCUGACACAGCACUGCCCCAGACAGGAUGGGCAGGCUGGUUCUAUCGACGCGGUUCCUCUGACAUCUGACCUCAGUGACCUGAGGCGUUCCCUAGGUGACCUGUGCAUCCAGGCCUAUCAGCAACUGCUCUCCAUCACCGAGUCCCGCCUCAAGCCAAUCAUAGUACCUGCCAUGCUGGAGACUGACACCAUCCCAGGUCUGUCCGCGUCGGGGGUGAAGCCUGGGGGUUCCAGGAAGAGGGCGGGGUCCGACCCCAGGGCGGCGGCAGGGGAGGAGGUGGACGCCCCCAGCAUGGCGGGCACGCUGAGGGUGCUGGCGGGGCUCCACUCCGCCCUGUCCCGCCAGGACCUCCCCCCCUCCCUCCUGGGGCAGGCCUUCCACCAGCUCACCCACCUGCUCUGCGCCGCCACCCUCAACUCCCUGCUGCUCCGCAAGGACAUGUGCUGCUGGAACAGGGGGCUCCAGAUACGCUAUAAUGUGAGCCUGCUGGAGGAGUGGCUGCGUUCCCGGGGUCUGCAGGCAGGGGGCGCUGUGGCCACGCUGGAGCCUCUGAUCCAGGCUGCUCAGCUUCUGCAGGUGGGGAAGAAGACGGAGGCUGACGCCCAGGCUCUGGUCCAGGCCUGCACCGCCCUCUCCAGCCAGCAGAUUGUGAAGAUCCUGACUCUAUACACGCCCCACAGUGAGUUGGAGGAGAGAGUGACGCUCAACUUUAUCAGAUCCGUUCAGGCUCUUCUGAGGGGUCGUUCUGAAGGCCAGCCCCCCCAUCUCCUCCUGGACGUGAAGAAGGUCUUCCCGGUUACCUUCCCCUUCCUCCCGCCUCCAGCCCUCCACGCGGACCGCCUCGGCAUCCCAGAAUCCCUCAAGAUCUCCUUCCUGCGCCGAGUCUGAGAGACAGGAAGGGAGCUCACGCAGGAAAUGACCGCAGACCUUGACACCAACAACAAGGAAGUGAUGUCAUCCUUCCAUGAGAGAGGAAGUGAUGCCUGUGGACAGGAUGUUGAUGGGUGUCGGACAUAGGAUCAGUAUGAAGGAUGACACAAGUAUGUUGAUUACCCAUGUGCCUUUGCAUAUUUUGCGUAAAUUGGUCGUCUACACCAACAUGGGGCCAGAUAUGGCUAACUGAAUGCAUUAUGGUGGAUUAGAAGCUUAGCUCAAUUUGGCCUCUGAGUGUAUUUAUCUCAACAUAUUUGAUUGACAUAAUGUAUAACUUGACUAGACUUGUUUAGCUAAUUUAGGGUUCUGUUGCUAUUGGUGACGAGUUUCCGUUGGUUCCAUUAAAGCAGAACUACGGCAUUGCUAUGACGUCGUGGUCUCAACCUUAAUGAAUCCAAUCUAGUGUUGGACCAGGCUGUAGCAGCUGGACAAAAAAUUCUGCUUUGUAGGUCUCAAACCUAACAUGUAACCUUUCUCGGAUGUUCAAGAUGACUUUACCCAACAGUAGUGAAGUUA